ACGAAGUGAGGAGACGUGAACCGAAUCGAAUCUCUCGUAUUUAUAAUCACGGCGUGCAAUGAGCUGUUGGAAUAAAUGGAGAAUUAAUCGUGACAGAAGAUCAUUAAUAUUAUUAACUGGAUGACAUUGAUGAAGUAACGAGAAAGGAUAUGCGCUGAAAUCAGUUCGUGGAAUGCAGCAUCGGCGAAUCGAAAGUGGCCGCUGUCUCGCCUGGCAAAUCGCGCGCGUACACACACACACACACACACACACGUUUUCCCUUAACAUCCCAAUUUCCCUAAUUAGAAGGAAGGAAAAACGCGAAUCUCUCGCGUCGCGCUGCUGCGAGCACUUCAGCAGUUUAAUUAAAAUAUCGCGAGCAAGCCGCCACGGAUUAUCAGAUGUUGAGACGCGUGGAUAUAUGCGUCUACUUUGCGAAGCUUUCUGCCCGUGCUGAGAUUCGCAAUUUUUCUUCGAGGAACGUGACGAUAAUUAAAAAAACAACCCGGUUAAAACCAGAUAAGACAUCACGCGAUGCGUCGCACGAUAAAGUAACACAAGGCCGCGCAAGAAGGCACGUUGGAUGUUCUGAAGGAAGCCACGAGAAAGGAUUGUAACGCGCGAGAUGAAGGAGGAAUGACCCCGACAUUAUGGGCAGCCUUCGAAGGCCACGUAGAUGCUCUGAGACUGCUGGUCGCCAGAGGAGGCGAUCCGGACAAGACCGAUUAUUUCGGUAAUACUUGCUUGCACCUGGCAGCGGCGAGGGGCCACGAAUUCUGCGUGAAAUUCUUGGUGAAAUUCGGUUGCAAUAUCUGGUCGCUGGACAUCGACCGGCACUCCGCCCGUGAACUUGCGGCGAUAAACGGCUGCGAGAAGAUCCUGCAGUUCCUGGACAUCGCCCAGGCCGAUCAGGAAUUGAAUAAUCGCAAGAAAAGCCGGAUGCUCCGGGAAAAGGCCGAGAGAGAUGCGGAGAAGAGACUGAAAGAGUAUAUGAAGAAACAGAAAAUAGCUGAAAUUAGGGCGGAAAAGGAACAGAAGAAACUCAUAAAGGAUCGUGCUAAGUCGGACUUCGACGCAAUGAACGAGUUAAACUCUCAACGGCCCGGAGUACUGACCUUUAGAGGCCGAAUGAAACCUUCGCCGACAUUCAGCGACAUCGUUGGUACCACUACGAAGAGGCACGGCAGCACAGUUUGUCGGAAAGCUUUAGCUAAGAAAGCCGUCAACGACUUCAAAGUUGUAGAGGUCGAAGUGAAUGGGAAGAAGUCAGUUCGAAGUCUCACUGGCGUUCGUCGGGAUUCUGAAGUUAUGUACGUAGGCACGUACGACACUCAGCCACAACACAUAGGCAUUAGAAGAGGAAAGAUCUCUGAUGUAUGGGGCACUCUCAGUAAAUCGCAGAGCACGCCCGAUCUCUUAGGUGAAAGGAUAUACGAUGAGGAGGAGGAGGACAGGGAGGAAGAGAACUUGAACGUUGUGAAGGACACCGCUUUUCUUCAGGAACCAGCCAGCAUCUUCAACCGACCUGGCUUCGGUUCGGUGGCUUUCAGAAGGGCGAUAACAUCUACGCUGGACAAUCUGCCAGUCACGCAGACGAAUGUUCAACUGCAAAAUAGCAAUCUUUCUGCAAACGGUUCUACAAACGGAUCCGUAAGCAGUAACAAGUUUAGCCCGAACGGGCACAAUGAGGAGAUUAGUAUAGGAAGCGCCGGCAGUUUGGCACGCAGGCAGAGCUUGUGGGACGAGGAUCUUCUUUCGGAGGGCGAGGAAACGGACGAGGAAUGGACGCCUUUGCAGAGAUUUUUGGUCGCCAAUAAUCUCACGUCCAUACAUCCCGUCUUGGAGUCGGAGCAAAUCGAUCUGGAAGCUCUGAUGCUGCUCACGGAAGCCGACAUGGCGGCCCUCAAACUUCCGCUCGGCCCCAGACGGAAGCUCACUAAUGCGAUCGCCAAUCGGAAAAAGGCGCUCACCACGCCGGAGAGUGUUAUCAAGGACAGUAAAUUGUGAAAAUAGUAUAUUGCAAUAGCCCUACAGAGGGAUGUAUUGCUGUUAACGAAAUUAUCCGUCCGUCCGCAAAUACGGUGAAGUAGGUUAUUAAUAUUGGUUUGUGUGCAAGAGAUAUAAAAAUGAAAUAGGGAAUGAUUGUUUUAAAAUUGAGAUUUUUUUGUAAAAAUCGCAUAAAGUAAUCAUUAGACAAAUUUUUAAAAAAUUUUAAAUUAUUAAUUAUGCAAUAUCAGAAAAUUCUUAAUAUUGAACUUCUUUGUGCCUUGUAAUUCUAUAGUCUACGUAUUUUCCUAUCAUUACUUGAUCUCAUUGGCUAAAUUAUACAUCCUUAUUAUGUAAAUGAUUACCAGAAAAACUUAUGUUAAAAGAUUAGAAAAAUAAGGAAAAGAGAGAGAAUUAAGUAACGAAAUAAUAGAUAAGUAAGAGAGAACAAACAGUUCGCGCCAUAAUCAAAGAAGAAAAAUUCAAUAUACUAUAAUAUACUGCCAUAAAAUAUACCAUCAUUAACAUUGCUCUA